AUGCCCUCAAGGACCAUUUUCCUCGUGGGCGCACCCACAUUUUCGAGCUUACAGUGGGAUGAAAAUGACCUGUUUAAGGAACCUGUCUAUCCGUUUGAAGGCCCCAACACACGCAACGAGACAUCUCAGCUGUAUUCGGAUAUCAACCCAGUGAAAUGGAGGAUGUUGCAUGGAUUUGCAGCUCCAGAUACCCCUCUCAACGUGAACCCGCUGGGACUGACUGAGGGAGCUAAAUUUUUUACGGUCCAUGACCUUGCAAUGUCACUAGGCCCGCAAGCAACUGGACCUGAGGAUUCGAGACUAUCCCAAUUCUACGACCGCUCCUUCACAAUUCAUGAAACCUCUGAGAUUUUUGCACCAGGCGCUCUCUCGGGAGACUCCACCCUAGACAGCGGUCUAUGGACUGAAAGCAUAGAUACUUCGAUUGCAACCAACGACGAGGGGGAAGUCUCGGCAGUGCGGCCACAUAUCCAAGGCGGCGUCACAAAUUUGCAAGAUAUACCUAAUGCAGAGUAUUUAAAUUCCAUCGUGCCGCAAACCAUGUCGGUGAACCUGAUUGUUGCAAUCAUUGCUAUCCGGCCCCCUCGUCGUAUUGUGACAAGGCAGUGGAAGAGGGAUCUAGAACUGGUUGAGGUAGUGGUAGGAGAUGAGACGAAAUCUGGGUUUGGGGUUACGUUCUGGCUUCCUCCGUCGGACGACAAGGCAGACACUCGCGAAUGCGGCGAUGUAGCCGGGGAGCACCUUCGAAAGUCGCUGAUGCUACUUCGACCACGAGACAUUGUUCUGUUACGCACAGUGGGACUGAGCUGUUUUCGGGACCGGGUACAUGGGCAGAGUCUGCGGAGGGGGUUUACCAAGAUCGACCUGCUGCACCGACAACAAGUGGACGCAACUGACACAGGCGGGAUUUACAAACUGCGGGACAUCCUGAACCACGCGGUCAAGCAUGAUGAUCUGCCGCUGGUGAAGGUGCGCAAAGUACACGAGUGGAUCAGACGAUUUGUUCCGGAUCUAGCAGGCGGUGGUAGGAAGACGCGCAGAGCUGAGACUUUACCUCCUGAUUCACAGUAG